GUUAGGGGAUUCUGCAGACUGUUGAGGGUUCAGCCUCCUGAUGAGUCGGUGAAACUCCGACGAAACAGUUUGUCACAGCCCCUCGUUUGUGGUCCUCUUCUCCCUCUCUGCCUAUAUGGUAUACCGGGCAGCUCUGUUUGACGAUAUAACACUUAAUAGCAACAUCUUUGAAGUUCUGAACCCACUGUUUUGCGGCUCUCUGCAGGAGUUAAUGGCUAAGGCUCAGGAGGCAGAAUCUGUGCUUGAGGAGGUCACAAGGCUCAAGAAGGCAGAGGUGGCACGGAAGGCUGUUGAGCGACAACUUGCUGCAGAAGAAAAGCGCUCCAAAGCGGAAAGCAUGCGCCGCAUACAUGCUUUCAAGAGGAAGAUGAUGCUGGAAAGGAUAAAGGAAGAAACAGGACGGGCACGGGCGGUUUUGGAAGCUCGAGCGGCAUUGCAGGAGAGAAGAAAGCAAGCGAAUGUGGAAUCGUCAAUUCAGCGGCAAAGGCUUAUGCAGGAAAUGGAGAGAUUCCAGAUCACCAAGAAAUGGCCAGUGUCAUCCAGUUUCUCAGUUUUUGGCAGCAGCAGCAGUCCAGGGAGUCCCACUCAGGACCAAAGGACCGAACAGUUUUCGAGUGCGCCAGUGAGCCCCGGUUCAAAUCGUAAAGGAUCGGCUUCUCGGCUUCUUUCUCACGACAAGAGCAUACCUCUCUUCUCUUCCUACUCCUGAAGCAAACUGAAACUAAUUCUGAGCAAAGCCAGGAACCCCCCCCUGUUGAUGUUCCUCGCCCAGGCCUCUCGGUGGCGCUGGCGGGUGGCCCCAAGUUUUGCUCGCCAACCUUCGAGCUCAACGCGGCGUUUUUAAGUUUUGAGGUCCAACUUUUCAAAAUUGAAUUCUUCAAAGUUCACUUCCACCCUUUUCUGGUCUGUCUUUGCCAUGUGUAUGUUCAUUCGACCUUCAUCGCCAAGCUUACGGUCCGUCACGUCACGGCUUUUUAAAGUUUUGAGCUCCUUCACUCG